UCGCCCUAACUAUGUACACAUCUGCACUACCAGGUCCCUGCUGCCAACGUAACUCGCCCGCUACGUCGACUUUAUUACCCUGCCUCUGCGAGAAGCAUAGCACUUAAUGAAGUCGACGCAGGGAUUGCUUACGGAGGCUUAAGUGGCCACCGGGAGUUGUCCCACAAUGCUCCGCAGUGACCGCUCCAGUCAGCGUUCUUAACUCCGCUGCCCUGCAGCCGGGUACACAGGUACCCCUCCCCUGUUAAAGGACCAGGAGCUUUAGUAUGUCCCAUGUCUUGUUUGUUCAGCGUGGAGAUCUCACCCACUCAGAUGAGCAUACGGGGUCCACGCGCCAAACGCUCUCCUGCCUGGAGUAGGCAAGAGGUGUUGGAUCUCCUUGGCCUGUGGGGAGAAGAGCCUGUGCAGGCACAGCUCCAGUCCAGCCGUAGAAAUGCAGAUGUCUAUGAGAAGAUCUCUCAGGGCAUGGUGGCGAAGGGCUACCAGAGGGACCUGCUGCAGUGUCGCGUGAAAGCAAAGGAGCUGCGGCUCGCGUACCAGAAGGCAAGGGAGGUGAACGGUCGCUCUGGUGCAGCACUGCAGACGUGCCCCUUUUACAAAGAGCUGCAUGCUAUCCUCUGCAAUGACCCCACCCCCAAGAGCCGCCUGGAGGAGUCGGAGUCCCAGGGCACCGCAGGCAGUGGUGCGUCGGAGCUGCUGGAUGAGGAAGAGGAGGAGACGAAUAAGAGACAGGCGAGCGGAGGGUCCGUUGUCCUGGGGGGACAGGAGCUGUUUGUAACCCCGGAGCCAUCCAGCCAGUUGCAGCACGGCAGCAUGGCUGACCGUGAUGCUGGGGAGGGUACCUCUGCCAGGAGCGCAGCCUGGGGCUCUCCCUCCACGCCGUCGGCGGGGCUCUUCCAGAUAAGACGAAGGUCAAAGAGAACAUGUGAUGAUGCGCCACAUGAGACAAUGAACGCCUCUGGGAGGGCGGACACCGAGCCGAGGACCGCUGUCUUGGAAAAAAUGGACAUUAUGAGCAGGGCGCAAGCCAAGGAGACUGAGCGUCGCAUGCAGCAGGAGGUGCUGGGGAUUCUGAAGGAACAAACAGACAUUUUGAGGCGUCUGCUUGACCUUCAGGAGCGAUACUUUAAGUCUCGACUCCCACUGCAGCACAUCCAGAACAGCACUCUAACAUCGCCCUACUUCCCCUCCCCUCCUCGCACACAUUCCACUUGGCGGAGGGACCCGAUGCAGUAUCCCUUCUGCUCAGUCCCCGGGGAGGGUGCAUGGAAUCCCAGCCGCCCAUUCACUGACGUGCUACGGGCAGGGGGCCCGAAGCUUUAA